AUGGUGUCCCAAGCUCAAAUCGUCGAUCGCAUCGCACCAAGCCAGAGUAGCCCAUCCGUCGUAUCGCGCCACUCCCACUCAACCCGCCGUCAUCGACCGGGUCGUUCUCACCAUGGCGGCUCCGGUUCCACCUCCUCCAACGAUUUCCCCAUCUUCACGUAUACCGGCGACACCGAGAUCGCGAUCCGUGCUGGGUCGCAAGAGAAACGAUAUCUCCUUCAUCGGUUGAUUCUAGCGCAAUGCUCGGGCUUCUUCGAGGCAAGCACAAAUGAGGAAUGGGGAGGGCGGAGUACACCUGGACCCUCGAAGCCCGAUGCGACACUGUCUCGGGUGAGCGAGGAGGACUCUCUAUCCAAUGGAUCUACACUUGCGCAGUCGGAUAACGGAGGAUCAUCGCAGCCAGGGGGAAAACGACGAUGGAGGUAUGAGUUGGAUUGGCAGAAUAGGGCCGAAGAUGAAGAGCCCAUACUUGUCCAGAAGCAACCUACCUACGCGCCCAUGUUCACUAGUGGCGAUCAAACUGCCUUCCCUCCCACAAUGACCAAACCAUCCAAUGCACAGGCGGGCUACUUCCGAUCCAUGGCCAAUUUGACUGGCAUGCAGUCGGUAGUGCACCUUCCACGAACUGAAGGGGCAGACCGCAAUGCCGCCGAUCCUUUAGUUCGUGAUUAUGAGAACCUCUUUCGCAUGUUCUAUAAUCAUCCGCCGAUAUUAAACAGCGUGAAUAUUGCUACAGCAUAUACAGAGUGCAAGUCUCUCCUAGCCUUGGCAGAUAUGUACGAUGCGCUGCCGGUCACUGGUCCACGAGUAGACCAUCAUCUUCUGGGAUUCGGCUCGCGACUUUUCAAGCAAAUCGCCAAGUAUCCUCCCAGCUAUCUCAAACUAGGAUACCUGGCCCGCAGUCGGGUUAUUUUCUCCGAGGCUCUCAUCCAUGUCGUGGGCCAAUGGCCUGCCGCCUUGCCAAAUCUACGUAACGGCUCAUACGCUCCGCUGCCGAACCCCGUUCUCGAUCUCAUCGAGGAUAAAUACGAAGACCUGGAGGAGCUAAAAGCUCGCAUUGAGUCUAAACUCUUUCGUCUAUCCCUGACGACCUCUCGUGGUGAGCGGGUCGGUCCCAACAACGCAUAUCUAGACUGGUUAGCCGUCUCUUUAUUCCGCCAGUGGCUCAUCGAGAGUACCACUCCUCCUCCUGCUCCAAUCCUCAAGAACUCCGCAACCAACCCUCCCCCAACACCUGGACCAGGCUCCCAGACCAGCUCAUCAAGACCAAUCGCCCCACCCGAUCCGGCUGCUCGCGUUUAUCGACUGAUUGGUUCUUCCUCGUCGCAGGCAUACUUGCCCCAUGAUGAGCUGAAACGCUUUCUGAAGAUCCACCCCACCCAAUCAGCGGACUCUCUUUACAACCGCGAUACACUGAAACGUUUCGAGCGCAAGAUUGACGAGAUAAAGCGGCUGGCCCGUGAAAUCGUCAAACCACUUAUGCGGAACUUCCUUGAAUUGGAACUGAAAGGGGCCGCGGAGCAGGGAAGUGCUACUUCUGCGACUAUUGAGAAUACUCAUGACGUAGGAUUGCCAUAUUUGACCUGCACCCGGGUUGAAGAGGCCGAUCUGCCUUGGGCUUAG